AUGUCAGUACCCUUACGUUCACUGCAACUUGACAAUAUGAAGGAGGAAAAUGUUGACCCUCAAAACAGGGGGAUGUCCUUCUCUAGACCAAUGCCAGAAGCCAGAGCUGAGGUCCAAAGCCUGCAUUCUCAUGUCCCGUUGCCAGCAGUCUCAACUUCAGCCUCAAACCCUGGAGGGACUUCAAUGCAGCUGACGACAUCUCCAGGCUUUGACACCAUGUCUGCACCUCUAAUGGGAACACCAAACUCUGGAACAGCGUCCCCACCGCUAAUGUCAGUUUCAGACUCUGAGGCACUGUCCCCAUUGCUAAUGCCAACCUCAGACUCUGGAGCACUGUCCCCAUUACUAACGCCAGCAUCAGAUUCUGGGGCACUGUCCCCAUUGCUGACACCGGCCUCAGAUUCUGGGACACUGUCCCCAUUGCUGUCCUCUUCAGAUUAUGGAUUAAUGUCUCCAGGGAUGAUGACAAUUCCUGACUUUGGAAUCAUGUCCUCAGCACUAAUGGCACCAGAUUCUAUAGACAUCUCACCAUUGGCAAUGCCAACUCUUUCCUCUGGAGCGAUGUCUACACCUAUAACGAGCACCUCAUCUUCUGAGGCAAUGUCCACAUCAUUAAUGCUGGCUCCAGAUCCUGGAGAGAUAUCCCCACUCCUAAUGCCAGAUAUAAACUAUAUAGGGAUGUCCGCACAGUCAAUGCCAGCUCCAGACUCUGAAGCCAUGUCCCCAUUGCAAAUUACAGAUGAAGACACUGAAGCAAUGUCCAAAGUGCUAAUGACUGCCCUAGCCUCUGGAGAGCUUUCUUCAUUGCUAAUGUCAGACGUAGAUUCUGAAGCUAUAUCCUCACUGAUAAUGUCAGCCCUAGCUUCUGAAGAUACAUCAGCCCAGCCAACAAGCACCCAGGACUCUGGGGGAAUGUCCACCCCACUCAUGUCAGACCCAGACUCUGGAAUAAUGUCUUCAUUGCUAAUGUCAGCUCCAGGCUCUGGAGCAAUGUCCACACCACUACUGUCAGUCCCAAAUGCUGGAGAAAUGUCUACAUUACCAAAGGCAGCCCCAGACACUGAAGCAGCAUCCCCACUGCUAAUGACAGCCCUAGCUUCUGGGGUGAUGCCUACCCAAUUGAUAUCAGCCCCAAGCUCUGGAGUGAUGUCCCCAUGGGGACCACAAAAUGUAGACUCUGAAAUCAUGUCUGCUCCAUCAAUGACAGCAACAGCCUCGGGGAUGCUGUCCACACCAUCAGCGAGAGCUUCAGAUUCUGGAGCAGUGUCUACACCACUAAUGAGAGCUCCAGCCUCUGGAAACAUGUCUACUUUGCAAAAGAUAGACCCAGCUCCUGUAGCAAUGGCCACCCCACUGAUGACAGUCACAAGUUCUGUAGCAGCAUCCACAGAGCAAAUGCCAACUACAGCCUCUAAAGUGAUGUCCGCACAAUUAACAGCAGCCAAAACUUCUGAAGUGACGGCCACAGGCUUUAGGAAAGGUACAGCCGAUGGAGCAAAAUCUACACAGCGCACGAGAGCCUCAGCCUGUGGAAAGACGCCACGAAGGAGAGCCACGGCUUCUGGAACAAAGUCCACACCACCAGUUACAGCCACGGCCUCUGAAACAAUGUCCAUGCCGCAGUUGACAGCUCCAGCCUCUGGGUCAAUGUCCAUGCUGCAAACGAGAACCCCUGUCUCUGGAACAAUGUCUGUGUCACAAAUGAAAACCACAGCUUCAGGAUUGACAUCAACACACCAAACGAGAGCCACAUCUUCUGGAGCAAUGACAGCAAAAUUCUCUGCAUCAACGUCUACUCUGUUCAUGAGUGACACAGCCUCAGGAGGGCUGUCCAUGGCACCAAUGAGAUCUCUGGCCUCUGGGACAUUGUCCAAGCCACCAAUGACAUCCAAAGUCCCUGGAAAAGUGUUUGUGGAGCAAAUGACAACUACAGCUUCUGGAGCGAUGUCCACACCGCUAAUGAGAGACACAACCUCUGGGGCUCUGUCCAUGCCAGAAAUGACAGACACAGCCUCUGGAGGGAUAUCUGUACUGCUACGGAGAGCCACAGACUCUGGAGCAAUGUCCACAUCACAAAUGACAGCCACAGCCCCUGGAGCUAUGUCCAUGCUGUCAAUGAGAGCCUCAGGCCCUGGAACAGUGCCUAUGUCAUUCAUGAGAGCCACAAGUUCUGGAAAGAUGCCCAAUCAGUCAGUGAGUACCCAAGACCCUGGAGGGAUGCCCACAUUGCUCAUGAGAUCCAUGUCCUCUGGGGGGAUGCAAAUGAGACCCUCAGCCUCCGACGUGAUGUCCACACCAAUAGUGAGAGCCCGGGCCUCUGGAGUGAUGGCCACACCACUAAUGAGAGCCUCAGAUUCCGGUGACAUGUCCCUACCACUAAUAUACCCCCCAGCUUCGGGAGAGAUAGCCACACCUCUGAGAGCCCCAGCUUAUGGAGCAAUACCUGCUCCACAAAUGACAGCCACAGCCUCUGGAAUGAUGUCCAUGCCACAGAUGAAGGCUCCAAUCUCUGGAGCAAAGUCCACAUUGCUAAUGAGAUCCACAGCUUCUGGAACUCUGACCAUGCCUCAGAUGACAUCCUCAACCUCUGGAGGGACGCCCUUGCUGCCGAUGAAAGGCUUAGCCUCCAGAGUGACAUCUACAUCACAAAUGAUGCCCACAGCUUCUGGAGACAUGUGCACACUACCAAUGCGAGCUCCAACCUCUGGAAACACAUCUGGACCACUAAAGAGACCCUCAGCCUCUGAAGCUGCGUCCACAGAGUUUAUGAGAGCUCCAGCCUCUGGAAAGAUGUCCACUGCACAGACGACAGCCAUGGCCACUGGAGGGAUGUCCAAGCCAUUAAUGAGAUCCUCGGCCUCCGGUACAAUGCCCAUGCCUUUGAUGUCAGCCAUGGCUUCUGGAGAGAUGUCUAUGCCACUAAUGAAAACCACGGCCUCUGGAGCAAUGUCCACAUUGCAAACCAGAGUCAUAAGCUCUAGAUCGAUGUCCCUGCCACAAACUACCUACACGACUUCUGGAGGGAUGACCCCACCAGUGAGAGCCUCUGCUUCUGGAGUGCUGUCCACACCGCUUAUGAGAUCCUCAGCUUCUGGAAUGAUAUCUACGCCACUACUGAAAGGCACAGCCUCUGGAGCUAUGUUCGUGCCACUAAUGAGAGCCCCAGCCACUGGGGGAAAAUCCAUCCCGCAGACAGCCUCUGGGAUGAUGUCCACUCUGGAACCCAAAGCCACAGACUCUGGAGAGGCAGGUGCUUCUCAUGUCAACACCACCGCCUCUGGAUCAAAGCCCACACCUCGUGCGACUACCACAACCCCUGAAACUAGGAAGCCACCACCAAAGGAAGUGCCAUCUUUUGGAAUGUUGACUCCAGCACUCUGUUACCUCUUAGAAGAGCAGGAAGCAGCCCGGGGCUCGUGCCCUGAAGAGGAAGAGAUGGAAAUUGAUGAGGAGAAGCAAAUGAAGGGUUUUUUGGAUGAUUCAGAGAAAAUGGCAUUUCUGGUGUCCCUUCAUCUGGGGGCAGCAGAGAGGUGGUCCAUUUUGCAGAUGGAGGUAGGAAACCCCCUCUCAGAUGAAGAUAAAUCUUUCCUGAGCAGAGCCCAGGGCUUAUAUGACUCUCUGUCUGAGAUAGACAUCCUCAGCGCUAUUCUUUGCCAUCCUAAGCAGGGCCAGAAGUCAGUCAGGCAGUAUGCCACUGACUUCCUACUGCUGGCCCGACAUUUGUCCUGGUCUGAUGCCAUUCUACGGACCAGGUUUCUGGAAGGACUCUCAGAAGCUGUUGCCACCAAAAUGGGUCGUAUCUUCCUGAAGGUGGCCAGCAGCCUAAAGGAGCUGAUAGACAGGUCUCUCUAUACCGAAUGCCAGCUGGCUGAAGAGAAGGAUUCCCUGGGCAAAUCCAGCCAGGUUCUGUCGACAGCCUGUAAGCGGAAUAAUGAGGCGGCCAUGGAAAGUGAACUGAGCUCCCAGCAGCAGACAGAGGAGCACCAACAUGUUCCGAAACGCUGUUACUACCUGAAAGAGCACAGAGACCCCCAAGAGGGUCUUCACGACCACCUUGGACAGAGCAUGGGCCAUCAGAAGGCCUCCACCAACAAGUAA